CAAGGAUAUUUUCUAGAUCAAUUGGAAAGUAAAGUGCCAUUUGAGAGGACUAUAAAAUUUAAAAGGUAAAAUCGUUAAAUUACACUUCGAAAGAGGAUUGGUUGGAAGUUGAAACAAAUAAAAGUAUAGCGCCCUUUUCGUGAAGAUUAUGGAAUUGAAAAGGUGAGACCGUAAAUUAGUGAAAAGAACACUGUUACAGUGUGAUACCGCGAGAAAUGCACCACCGACAUCUGGACCGGACCCACUAAAAACGCCGUCGUUUUACGGUUUCCUCCUCUAGUUUCUCCGCGUUUGGCCCAUUCACACUUAGCUGUGUGUUUCUAAUUCUUCCUAUUCACAGUCUUUCCACACUAAUCACCACCAUUGUUGCUGCAGCACUUCCACUCUGAUUCGUUCAAUUGAGCUUUUUUUUUUUCUGGGUUCUCCACAGCGAUGGCGCGUCGUUCUGGAGAUUGCAUGAGAUGCCUGGUGAUUUUCGCGGUUGUAUCUGCUUUAAUUGUGUGUGGGCCUGCUCUUUACUGGAAAUUCAACAAAGGCUUCGCUGGAUCCACUCGUCGGAACUCUGUUUGUCCUCCUUGCGCCUGUGAUUGCCCGCCUCCUGUGUCUCUCCUCGAGAUUGCUCCUGGGCUUGCAAAUCUCUCUAUUACAGAUUGUGGAAGUGAUGAUCCAGAGCUAAAACAGGAAAUGGAGAAGCAGUUUGUGGACCUUCUGACCGAGGAGCUGAAGCUGCAAGAAGCAGUUGCAGAUGAGCAUAGCCGUCAUAUGAAUGUCACCCUCGGGGAAGCAAAAAGAGUUGCAUCUCAGUACCAAAAGGAAGCUGAGAAGUGCAACGCGGCCACUGAGAUUUGUGAAUCAGCUAGGGAGAGAGCUGAAGCUUUGUUGAUCAAGGAGAGGAAGAUCACUUCUUUGUGGGAGAAGAGAGCUCGGCAAUCAGGCUGGGAAGGUGAGUAAGUAAACUGAUUGCAACUUCAACAGUCUGCCCUCAAGUGUUUCGAAUUUUCACAGCUUAGCUCAAGAAAAGGAAACUGUUUGAUUGUCAAAAGGAAAAGUCCUAUCUUCCACGUUUCUCCAUAUAUGUAGUCUUUUGUUUUGCCUUUUGAUUGGAAUGUAGCUAAAGAAAGGUUUGGCCUUGUAUUGACAUUUCUUCAUAUAUAAUUGUCCAUUUCACUACCACCGAGUUUCACUAACUCAGUGCCGUCCCUAGAGUAUAUGUUGCCUAAAGCAAAAUCAAUAGAAUUUACCAUUGCACUAAAGAAAAU